AUGCAAGCAAAUAAUAAACAUGAUAUUGGUCUUUUUCUUGGUAAGUCUGUUGACAAUACAUUAAAAUAUGAAAUGCUUAUGUCUCCAUGGAACCCUUGUAGUGCUUAUGAUUUUAAAGAAGAUAUUAGUGUUGGUAAAAGACCUUUUUUGUUAGCUUGGCUUAAACAGUAUGAUUGGCUUUGCUACUCAGCCAUUUUUAAAGGAGCUUUUUGCAAAUUUUGUGUUUUGUUUGAACCACCGAUUGACAAAGGUGGAGUGCAAGGCGCAUUCAUAAAAACAGCGUUUAUUAAGUACAAACAUUUCCAAGCUCAGUCAAAGAUACAUUCAAAAUGUUCUUGGCACAUAUCUUCAGUACAGAGUGCUAAAAAUUUUAUAGCUAUUAUGGAUGGUAAAAAAAUAGAUGUACAUCAAAUGUUAAAUUCGUCAGUGAAAAAUGUAAUUGAAUCAAACAAUCGUAAACUGCAUUCAAUAAUUUCUUCUAUUAUUUUCCUUGGUGUGCAUGGAAUACCACUGAGAGGAAAAACUGAUGACACAGCUAUAUUUAAUAAUUUACUACAUUUUACGGUUGAAAGUGGAGAUGAAAUUUUGAAGGAUCAUUUUAAAAAUAGUGCUAAAAAUGCAAGUUACAUGUCUCAUAGAAUACAAAAUGAACUUAUAAGUAUAAUAGGUAAUGUAAUAUGUAAUAUGAUUUUAAAACGUGUCAAGGAAGCUGAAUGUUAUUCAAUAUUAGCAGACGAAACAAUGGAUAUAGCGGGAAUAGAACAAUUAUCAAUAUGUUUAAAAUACGUGACUUAUGAAAACAACCAAACAGUUAUAAAAGAAGACUUUGUUGGGUUUAUUUCAUUGGAAAAAUUGGACUCAGAAAGUAUAUCAAACAAAAUUAUUUCUAGUUUACAAGAAUGGGGUUUGGACCUAAAUAAAUUGGUAGGACAAGGAUAUGAUGGUGCUAGCACAAUGGCUGGACAUGUCAGUGGUGUACAAAAAAGAAUAAGAGACAAGUAUAAGAAAGCAGUUUUUGUCCAUUGUGCUAGUCAUAGAUUAAACUUGGUUUUAAACGAACUGAACUCAGUUCCAUGUGUUCGGAAUACAAUUGGUAUUAUUAAAGAAACUAUAAACUUUUUUAAAGAAAGUUCAUUGCGUCGAAUAGUUGCUCCAAGUCUUACGAAAUUGUGUGUUACUAGGUGGUCGGAGUCACAUAAGGCAUUAAGAAAAUAUUAUGAAAAUUUCCUGUUGAUAGUGGAAGCACUAGAGUAUCUCAAAGUAAAUGGGAAUAAAGAUACAUCAUUGAAAGCUACAUGUCAUUUAAAUUCUGUUACCACAUCUCAAUUUAUUGUGUGCCUUAGGAUAAUUGCUAAAUACUCUGCAACUAUAGAACCUAUAACCAAUUCUUUACAGGGAAUAAAUUGUGAUUUAUUUAGUGCAAAUAAACAUAUUAAAGACCUUAUUAAAUAUAUCAGUGAUGACAGAGCUAAUAACGAAGAAAUGUUUCCAAUUUUAAUGAAAGAUAUUAAUAUGUACUUAAAUGAACUUGGUAUUACAUUAAUGACUCCAAGAGUAUCCUCAAAACAAACUUUAAGGAAUAACCCCCCUUCAUCAGGUCCAGAAGACUACUACAGAAAAUCUAUUUAUAUACCAUAUUUAGAUUCACUGAUCACAUCUUUAAAUGAAAGGUUCCCAGAGGAUAAUUAA